AUCAUGUAUUUGUAUGAGGUUGUCAAACUUAAUCUCAGCAUAACUCAACAAGUUUACUCGACUAAGAGGUUAAGGUUCAGGUUCGAAUCUCCCCGAACCACUUUAUAGAAUUAAAAGAAAUCCAAAUGAAAUUAACCUGUUUCCUUCAAAAGUAAAUUGGAUACAACUUUCCUCCUCGAGAACCAAAGAUUCUCUCUCCCCCCUCUCUUUCUUUCUCUCACUAACUGAACCCCAAAAGUCUCUGACAAUGAUUAUAUUAGACAGAAUGAGAGCUGAGAAUGCUUUUGAGGGUAACAUGGAAGGAAGAAAAAUGAAGAAAAACAGUUGAAAAACAGUUCUCCACUCAAAACAACAAACAAACACAACUGCAGAGCAAUUUCUAAGCCUACAGAGAGAGUGAGUGAAGAGUGAGAGAGAGAGAGCUUACCAUUUUUGCUCUCCAAAAUGUUGGCCACAACCUACAUUGUGCUGCUAGCUUUGCUGCUACCCACCAGCUUGCCGCUCCGUGCCAGUGCUGGUGCCGCCGCUGUUGCUCUCAACCUCACUCUCCCCGGUCAGCAUCCGAGCCCUGAACUGGUUGCCCAAGAAGUUCACAGGAAAGUGAAUGCUUCCUUAACGAGGAGGCAGUUGCUCCAAAUCUCAGAGAAAGAUGAAUCUUCUUCUUGCUACACCGGGAACCCCAUCGACGACUGCUGGAAAUGCGAUCCAAAUUGGCCAAACAACCGCCAACGCCUCGCCGAUUGCGCCAUAGGAUUCGGCCAGUACGCUCUCGGCGGCAAAAACGGCGAGUUCUACAUCGUGACAGACGAUUCCGACGACGAUGCGGUAAAUCCAAAGCCCGGAACAUUACGAUACGCAGUGAUACAGCCGCAACCACUCUGGAUUGUCUUCCCCGCCAACAUGCUCAUCAAACUCAAACAGGAACUCAUCUUCAACAGCUACAAAACCUUAGAUGGCCGCGGCGCCAAUGUCCACAUCGUCGGCGGUGGCUGCAUUACGUUGCAGUACAUAAGCAAUGUCAUUAUCCACAACAUCCAUAUCCACCAUUGUUAUCCAUCAGGUAACACAAUGGUCCGAUCAAGUCCGACCCAUUAUGGAUACCGGACGAAAUCGGACGGCGACGGGAUAUCGAUCUUCGGAUCGAAGGACAUAUGGAUUGAUCAUUGUUCAUUGUCGCGUUGCAAAGAUGGGCUAAUCGAUGCGGUGAUGGGAUCCACCGGAAUCACGAUUUCAAACAAUUAUUUCUCACAUCACGAUGAAGUUAUGCUGUUGGGUCACAGCGAUCACUACUUGCCGGAUUCCGGAAUGCAGGUUACGAUAGCAUUCAACCACUUUGGGGAGAAGCUAGUGCAAAGGAUGCCGCGAUGCCGAUUAGGUUACAUUCACGUCGUCAACAAUGACUUCACCCAAUGGGAAAUGUACGCAAUCGGCGGCAGCGGAAACCCCACCAUCAACAGCCAAGGCAACCGCUACACCGCCCCCUACGACCGCAACGCCAAGGAGGUCACUAAGCGAGUCGAAACUUCCGAGUCCGAGUGGCGUGGCUGGAACUGGCGGUCCGAGGGCGACAUUCUCGUCAACGGCGCCUUUUUCGUCACUUCCGGCCAAGGCCUUGAAGUCAAGUACGAGAAAGCCUACAGCGUCGAGCCCAAGUCCGCCGCCCUAAUUGACCAGCUCACUUGGCACGCCGGCCCGCUCGGCGUCGGUGGCCGGGAUAAUAAUUUGGGAAUGUGGACUACUGGCCCUAACGGUGGAGGCUUUGCGCUUGGGUCUGGUAUGGACUAUACUGACGACAUGUCGGAAAGUUAUUUUGUUAGGGCUUUUUCUCUUUUGUUGGCCUGUUUUUGCGCAUUGGUGGUUGCUUUUAUGCUAUGACGACAUGUCGGAGUAUUUGAUAGAACAGAAAAGAAAAGGACAGGUAGAGUGGGUUUUUGCAUUUUUCUUAAAAUGGCAUAAAGAAGGCCUAAAAAUGUAAAUCCAUUCGUUGCGUUACCCAUUGUAUGCCAAAACUGAGUUUAGUUUAUCUAAUUUUCUUUUUGUUAA